AUGGGCGAUCCAUCAGAAGUUCCUUCCUCUUCAUCUUCAUCAGAUCACACCGAAAGCCAGCAGCAACUUGACGCGUCCAUCAAGCCGUACCAUGUUUUCAUCAAUCAUCGCGGACCAGAUGUCAAGGACACUUUGGCCAGCGCCAUUUACCAUUCACUCUAUCGCACUGGAUUGCAUGUGUUCUUCGAUAGAACUGCGUUUCAACCGGGACAGGAAUUAUUCCCCACCAUAAAAGAAGCGAUUAGAACUGCUUUAAUUCAUAUUGUCAUUUUGUCCAAGAGAUACGCGGAAUCGAGCUGGUGUUUGGAGGAGCUUUGCUUGAUACAGAAAACUGGUGCAAAAAUUAUUCCUGUUUUCUACCACGUUCUUCCGAGAGAUCUAAUGGUCCUCAGAAAUGGGGAAGGAGUAUAUGCAGAAUCAUUCGUGAAGUUGCAAAGUAAGAUGGAUGGUAAGAAAAAGAGAUACGAUUCUAAACACAUUGAGGAAUGGCGAGAUGCGCUUGGAAAUGUUUGCAACAUUUCAGGGCUGGUAGAUCUGGAUCAUGGCCACAAUGGGGAUGAAGGAAAGCUUGUGGAAACCAUAGUCGAUCUGGUGAAGGAACAUGUGAGAAAGGAGCUGAAAAAGAGUGUGAAAGGCUUGGUGGGUCUGGACGAGGCAGUCGAGGAUUUCCACUACUUUCUUUCAGAGCCAACGGAUGAAGCUGUUAAGAUUGUAGGAAUAGUUGGACCAGAAGGGUCUGGUAAAACUACCUUAGCUGAAGAGUUUUACUAUCGAUACCGAAAACAUUUCGAUAGAUCCAGUCUACUAUUUGGUGUCAGAGAAGCCUCCAAACGAAAUGGAUUAGAAGCCUUGCAGAGACAGUUGCUUAAUGACCUCACCAACACCAUUUGGGAAAUAAACAACAAGAGCGAAGGGCGAGAGAUACUUGCAGAACGUUUACAGUGUCUAAGUCGGCAGAGAUCGCUCAAGUUUCUCAUUGUUAUUGAUGACGUUGAUCAUCAUGAUCAGCUAGAUGCUCUACUGCUCGGGGAGAAUGUGUUGGGAAAUGGAAGUUUGGUUAUACUGGCAUCCCGUGAUAAGGCGAUCCUUAAACUUUCAGGAAUCUCAAUGCAUUAUGAAAUGAAACCUCUGGCUAAGGAGCACGCUCGAGAGCUCUUGUGCAUGCACGCCUUCAACCAGGAGAAACCGAUUCGGGAAUUGGAGAGUGUGGUGGAAACAGCUGUGAGAAAGUUCGGCGGCUUACCGUUGUUUCUGAAGCUUAUUGGGAGGCAUCUUCGUCUAUACGGAGGGAACAAUAUAGAGUCUUGGAAUUGCGAGUUGAGAAUGUUUUGUGAACUCAAUGAUAUAAUGAAGGCUACAUUCAAUGCUCUGAGCGAAGAGGAACAACAAAUAUUCUUAGAUAUUGCUUGCUUUUUUCUGGGAAUGGACAAGGAGUCAGCCAUACGAAUAUGGGAUGGAUCAGGAUGGAGGGGUGCUCGUGGUCUGCAAAAGCUGGAAUAUGGCUGUCUCGUGGAAAUCGACGAGAACAAUUGCCUGAAAAUGCAUGAUGUUUUCCGUGAUUUUGGGCGACAGAAUGCAAAAGAGCAACUGUGCAACAGUCCAGAGCAUCCUUGUCGUCUGUGGCUUCCAAAUGAUGCUGCAAAUUUCCUCCAAGGAAUAUGGUCACUGCCGGAAAACACAAAAAUUAGAGGAAGCACUGAUGGCACAAAGGCCACCCAUGGACAGAAAAGAAGCUACACCUUUUCUUCUGUGAAAAUAGAGCUUCUUGAUAUCGAUGGUGAUAUAUCUGAUGCCACAAUUAGUGAUCGGUCAUUAAAACCUAUGUGGUUUUGUUGGAAAAUUUCUCCGAGUUUAAGCCUUAGCGAUCAAUUAGCAUAUUUGGUAUGGUUUCGGUGGAGAAAUUGCCCUCAUGCGAUCCUUCCUCCACUUGAAAUGAACAACUUACGAGUUUUAGAACUCGUCAAUGGAAAUUUCAAAAUACUUUGUGAUCCUGCAUUUAAGCAAACGUCGCAAUUAAGGGAGCUUAAUAUUAUUAAAUGCAGACAACUUGUAGCAAUUUCCCCAAGCAUAGGAUCACUAAAACACCUGGAGAAGAUGGUACUGAAAGGUGCACUUCAUCUGCAAGAUUUGCCGGAAGAGUUCUGCAAUUUAAAUGGCUUAAGGCACCUUGUGCUAAGACAGUGUGAGGACCUCACAAAGUUGCCUAAUGAUAUUGGGCGAUUGAAAAACCUGGAACACGUAGAUCUUUCAGAUUGUCAAAUAUUGUCAGCAUUACCAAGGUCUUUUGGUCAGCUGACAAAACUUAGAUAUCUCAAUCUAAGAAAUUGCGUGAAUCUGGAUAUCCAUGCACAGAUGUUUGAAGAAAUCACCAGUCUUGAAGAGUUGAUCUUUGAAAACUGUAAGAAGUUACUGAAGCUGCCAGCUCGAACCACUUGCCAAGAGUCUCUAAGAAAACUAAAUUUGCUUGGUACGAGCUUGAUGGAACUGCCACAUGAUAUUGAGAAUUUGGGAAACUUGCAAUUUUUUUACUUAGAGAGUCCUUCCAUGACCAGUAUACCGUCUUCACUAGGCAAUUUAGGCUGCUUGAGGGAGCUUGUGUUGUUUAAUUGCACGAUGCUGAUCUCGUAUCCUAAAUUUGUACGGAGAUUGGAACGUAUGCAUGUUCCUGAGAGACAAAGCAGGGAAGAUGAAAGCACUCAUAAAGCUUUAUAUGUUUACAGUUCACGUGGCCAGAUCAGCGAUUCAGAUGUGAGGGACCACAUAGGUUUAACAUUCGAGAUGUCAUCUUUAUUACCUCGGCAAUAA